AGAGACUGCGUGACGAGAGUCGCCCUCGAAGGCAAGGAAAGACUCGUGUAAACUGGGAAACUUGAGCACGACCUACACUUGUAGGCCAAGCAGAGUAGCUCUAGGAUUUCCGACGAGCUGCAUACUCAACAACGUUCGGCGAUGAUCAAGUGACCGCAUACACGUUGAUCCCGUUCAAUCGGUGGAUCGCUAUCUCGCUGCAGUCCGUUGAUACACCACGGCUCCUCGCUCAAAGAGACGGGGGAUAUCUGUAGCAGAGGAUUCUCGCUUCGAGCUAUUGCCACUACCGCCGCAUGGUCAUCAUACUCGUCUCCUCGGCGGAUUCUGCGGCGAUGCGAGCCUUACUGAUAAUCCCUGUCCUCAUUGGAUGGGCUCACUGCGCACAUGAUGUUGCGCAUGUCGAGUUGGAUGCAGUACCCCCCAAUUUCACCGUCAAGAAAGGCCCGAGCGACGGUGUCGCUGUGGCGUGGGGCACCUUCGAGAACUCAAUCACAGAGACAGGGUUCUCGUACUUGGAAAUAGCGACGAAUGCUUCCUACCCUGAUCACUACCAAGCUUAUGCUGCGGGUAUACUAGAGGGUUAUUUCACCAGGAAACUUAUCUCUAUGCACUUCAACAACACUAUGCGGGAUUACUGCAAGGGACAAGAGGACUACUGCGAGAGACUCCAUGAUUUUCUGAACUCGAAUCUUCGCUACGUUCAGGAGAACAUCAAGAAUCGGAAAACGGAUCCUUUCUGGUAUCAAACUGAUCUGGCUCUGACUCAACUCAUGGGGAUCCAAGAUUCGUGGAAAAAACAGAAACACGAGAGCUACUUCCCCAACGGGAAAUACGACACCGUCACUGAUGUACUCUUCCUCAACGUUGACGGAGAUCUGGAAGAUUUGGAGCAAGCCUUGAAAUCCCCCAAACUUCGUCGGGUCACCGGGGGAGGACAUUGCUCAGCCUUGGUGAAGGUACUUCCCGACAACUCCGAUCUGUGUUUCUCCCACGUGACUUGGAGUGGUUAUUCGACAAUGCUUCGUAUACUGAAGAAAUACACCCUGAACUACCAAACAACUUAUAUGAGCAAUACUCGGAUCACAGCCCCAACGAUGACAUUCUCCUCCAGCCCCGGGAGAAUUUUCUCCGGAGACGACUUCCAUCUGAUGUCGUCAGGAGUGGCCAGCAUGGAGACCACGAUCGGCAACAGCGACCCAUCGAAAUGGAGAUUUAUUAAGCCAGAGUGCAAUCUCGAAUGGUUGAGAACUAUCGUCGCUAAUCGUUUGGCAUCCACUGGACAAGAGUGGGCCGAUCUGUUCAAGAGAGAAGGUAGCGGAACAUACAACAACCAAUGGAUGAUCGUCGAUUACAAGAAAUUCACACCUGGCAAGCCCAUCCGACCUGGCACUUUGACCGUACUCGAGGAGAUUCCCGGAUUGAUUGUUUCUGGCGAUCAGAGCAAACUCCUCUCGGAACAAGCUUACUGGCCGAGCUACAAUGUUCCAUUCUAUCCGGAAAUCUAUGGGGGCAGCGGAUGGAAGGAACAAGUCGAGAAAUUCGGGGACUGGUUCACGUACGAUAAAAACCCACGGAGUCAAAUUUUCCGGAGAGAUCAAGGCAUGGUUCGAGACAUCGGUCAGAUGUUCAAACUUAUGAGAUACAACGACUUCAAGAACGAUGAGCUGUCGCGCUGCAACUGCACCCCUCCCUACUCUGCUGAAAAUGCAAUAUCGGCUCGCUGCGAUCUGAACCCCGCCAACGGAACUUACCCCUUCGGAGCUCUCGGUCACCGUUCCCACGGAGCUACCGACGCCAAGGUUACGUGUUCGAAGUUGUUCGAAACUCUGGAGUUCCUCGCCGUAGCCGGUCCUACGUACGAUCCCUUGCCGCCAUUCAAGUGGUCCGAAUCCGGUUUGAACGAUCUCCACGAGGGACAUCCGGACCUCUGGUUCUUCAAUCCCGAGAUUCAUCGAUGGCAUAAAGCGGGGACUGAGUAAUCAGCUCGGACCAUAUUCGGAAUAAAGCAUAUCUUUGUAGUUGAUUAUUUC